UAAGACUUUGAAUAUUUCACAAAAAACUGACUUAUGUUAUGAAUAUUAUACUUGUUGGCAUCUCUCUUUGGAUGAGAGGUUCAGGUUGAAAAUGGUUUUAUCCAGUUCCAUGAUUCUCUCUAAUUCUCCCUUUGCAUCCCCUUCUCUUCCAACUUCAACGAAUGCCAAGUUGGAAACUUUUUUCCUGAAAUAUGAUGGGAUCAUCAGAGUUAGAGGAUUUACGGCUUCUUCAGUGACACCCAGAAACCGAAAAUUAUCAACAUGUUCUGCAUCGAGAGACGGAAAUGCCUCUGUUGAAACUGAUGCACCUUUCCCUGCUGAUUACUCUGAGCUUCUGGAACAAGUAAAAGUAGCUGUGAAUUUGGCUAUGAAGGAUAACAGACAGCUAAUGGAGAUUGAGUUUCCCACAGCUGGACUCGGGUCUGUGCCAGGUGAUGGGGAAGGUGGAAUUGAAAUGACUGAGAGCAUGCAAUUGAUUCGGGAAUUUUGUGACCGCUUCAUUAUUCCAGAGAAAGUCACACGAACAAGAAUAUUUUUCCCAGAGGCUAAUGAAGUUGACUUUGCUAGACAAUCAGUCUUUGGUGGAUCUUCUUUAAAGUUGGACUAUUUGACCAAGCCUUCAUUUUUUGAAGAUUUCGGUUUUGUUGAGAAAGUGAAAAUGUCAGACAGAGUGAAGACAGAAGAUGAACUUUUCUUGGUUGCCUAUCCAUAUUUUAAUGUCAAUGAGAUACUUGUUGUGGAAGAACUUUAUAAAGAGGCAGUCUUGAACACAGAACGAAAACUGAUUAUUUUCAAUGGAGAACUCGAUCGCAUAAGAUCUGGGUAUUAUCCAUCAUUCUUCUACCCAAAGCUUGGUGCACUCACGAAGACCUUUCUACCGAUGAUGGAAACUGUGUAUUACAUUCAUAACUUCAAGGGCCGCAAUGGAGGAACACUUUUUAGGUGUUAUCCAGGACCCUGGAAGGUCCUGAGAAGAGUUGGGCCUAGGAAAUAUGUUUGUCUGCACGAGCAGAAUAGUAUGCCAUCCCUCAAGGAAGUUGCUCUUGAGAUUCUUCCAUCUGCAUAAUAUAUCAGGAAACAGUAAUGGGGUUGGUCUUAAGCUGUUCUGCAGAAAUUUAGAAGGAACUGAGCACUUGCCAUUUGAUUAACAAAGUAUUAAAGUUGUGGAUCAAAGUAAUGGCGUUUUCUAGCACAAAAGUGGUGUCAAUAAGUGGCAAUUUGUUACUUGUCCAACAGCAGAAUGAAAAUUCUUUUUGUUCGAUUUCUUUAUUUUUUGCUGAUAGAAUUACAGACAUGACCUUUUUCGUUUGUAAAAUCUUCUACAUAAAAGUCAUUUACGAUAAAAAGAAUCUUGGCCAAGUAGUGCUCUAACUUCGUUAAAAACGAGCAAGACUAUAUACAAUAAAAGAAAGCAUUUCUCAUCCAACGCAAAGCUCUUUCAAGAAUACACGUUCCUUCAUUUACAAUUGACAUUUGACAUUACCUAACAGUCAAAUGAAAAUAUGAAAUGUUUAUGCUUUGUAACAAAUAAAUUCAUACCAGCAAGUAAAAAAACUUGACUCAUCAUCACUACAUUCCAUUGAUUAGGCUUAGUUUUGACCUUCAGUUAUAGCUUCUUCUUUCUUCUUCCUCUUACUAUAAAACACAAUUCUCAGACUUACCCACAACAAUGCAACUAUACUUGUUCAGUCACAAAACAAUGUCUUUUGAAAUUUGCAUAGUACCCUUUUGGGGACAAGGCCAUCUUUUUCCCUGCAUUGAGCUAUGUAACCGUUUAACAUCAAGAAAUGUUAACAUCACCCUCAUCAUCCCUUCCACCAUUACAACUUCUCUUCCCUCUUCCCUCCUUCAACACCCUCUCAUUCGAAUCGCCCAGUUCCCGUCACCACCUCCACCGCCAUCCCACCACGACCUUGCCCCGGACCUCGAACGCAUCCUCGCCAACAACCCCACCCGACCCGUUUGCGCCAUCGUUGACAUCAUGAUGAGCUCCUGCUCCGCCCCCGUUUUCACCAAAUUUCAUAUCCCUACGGUAGCCUUCUUCACCUCCGCCGCCUGCUCCGCCGCCAUGGAACUCGCCACCUGGAAAGCCCAACCUUUAAAUCUUGAACCCGGCGAGACCCGUUUACUUCCCGGGUUGCCCGAAAACAUGGCAAUUACGCAUUCGGACCUUAAACGACGACCUCAACAUCCUCAUCCUCCGCCGCCGAUCGGUGCAUCACCGCAUUACGGAGGAGAAACCAGGUUUCCUCCGCCUCCAGGAAAGGGACCACCGAACCACGGCGGGGGAUUCGGUUUUCCUCCGCCGCCGGGGAAGGGACCACCUAAACUGGGGGAACCGCCACCGUGGCUGGAUGAUGUUCGAGAAAGCAGCGCGGUAAUCAUCAACACGUGUGAUGAUCUGGAGCGUACAUUUAUUAAAUACAUAACAAAUCAUAUUGAAAAACCCGUCUGGGGUGUUGGACCACUUUUACCAGAGCAGUAUUGGAACUCGACCGCUUCAGCUCUCUUAGACCGUGACGUCCGGCCGAACCGCCGGUUCAGCGUCACCGAAGAAGAAGUAACCCAGUGGUUAGAUUCAAAGCCACGUGGGUCGGUUCUGUAUGUAUCAUUUGGUACAGAGGUGGGUCCCACUUCGGAGGAGAUGGAAGAACUCGGUGGAGCCCUGGAGUCAUGUGAAGAAGCAUUCAUUUGGGUGAUUCAGGCCAGUUCAAGUAUUGGAGGUAGUAAAGAAGGGUAUUUUGGGAAUAGGGGUAUGAUAAUACGUGGGUGGGCACCACAGUUGUUGAUACUGAGUCAUCCUUCAACGGGUGGGUUUUUGUCUCAUUGUGGAUGGAACUCGACGGUGGAGGGUGUCGGACGUGGGGUUCCGUUGUUGGCGUGGCCCAUAAGGGGUGAUCAAUACCAUAAUGCCAAGUUGGUGAUGUCUCAUCUUAAGCUCGGUUACAUGGUGACGGAUGAUAUGUCGGAGAAGAUAACCAAAGAUGAUAUUGUUAGGGGAAUAAAGAAGUUGAUGGCCGAUAAAGAGAUGAAGAGAAAUGCUGAGAUUCUAAGUGCCAAGUUUCAGCAUGGGUUUCCUAGAAGUUCACUGGAGACUUUAGAUGAUUUUAUUGACCACAUCAAGCAUUCAGGCGUCCAUUGCUAAGUCAAUAUGUUCUUUCUAGUGAAUUGAACUGACUCUGAGAUUUAAAUAAUGAAAAGUGAUGAUGUUCUUUUCACAAAUAAA